UUUGCAACAUUUUGUAUGUUUGAAUUCAGUGUCGGAAUAAUCACCGAAAGGAUAGCAAUGUUGUCGAGAAUCUUGAGUUUCCUUUUGAUCGGAGCCUUCGUGUGUGUGGAGAGCGCUCGCUAUGGAUUCACUGACAAAGGAAAUGCCAACGCAAUGGUGGAUCAGCUGUUGGGUGUGGUUAAGACAAAGUACGGAACCACUUUAGACCCUUUCCAUGUGCCAGAGAUUGAUUUGAAGUUUGAUAAGAAAAUCGCACUGACCUGGUGGCAC